AUGGCUCGCUCCCUGGUCGCUGUGCUGCUGCUGGUGGCUCUAGCCCACGCCCGACAUGAGAAAUAUGAGGGCCAUCAAUUAUACAGUAUAUGGGGCCCGUCCCAAGAAAUUGCUGACCUUGAUGCCAAGUUAGACAUCCUUUCAGCGAAGGCCGCCUCUGCUUCAGGACAAUUGGAAGCACUGCUCAGACUCGCACCAGAGGAAAAAGAAGCAUGGCUUCAAUACUUCGACACCAAAAACAUCGGCUACAAAUUGAUGGCGGAAAAUUUGGCUGACAUCUUUCGAGAGGAAGACGUAAAAAUACAGAAGUCGAAAGCAAACGCAAAAAGGAACGGCCGAUCCAUCUCUUGGGACACAUACUAUAAUGCCGAAGAGAUCAACGAACACUUAGACGAGCUGGGCAGGAAGUACCCCGACUUAGUCACAGUGAUCAACCCGGCGUUGAGUUACGAAGGCCGGCAGAUCAAGUACGUGAGGAUCUCCACCAGCCGCUUCGAGGAUCUGAGGAAGCGCGUUAUCAUCAUCGACGCCGCCGUCCACGCUCGAGAAUGGGUCACCACCCCCGUGGCGCUGUACAUCAUCGACCAGCUCGUUGCCAACAUCGCCGACAACCGGCUGACGGAGCAGCUCGACUGGGUCAUCAUCCCCAUGGCGAACCCAGACGGCUACGAGUACACCAUCAAUGAGGACAGGUUAUGGCGUAAGACCAGGUCGAAGGCCCACGAGGGUGCUGAAGAGUGCCCCGGCGUGGACGGCAACCGCAACUUCGACCACCACUGGGGCACCAGGCCCGAAAGCGCGGACCCCUGCUCCCUCAUCUACGAGGGCCCCUCCGCCUUCUCCGAACCGGAGAUCAGAGUCAUUCGCGACGUGGUGAACCAGCACCUGGACAGAGCAGCACUCUACAUCUCGCUGCACAGCUACGGCAACAUGCUCCUUUACGCGUGGGGCAACAAUGGAACCCUCCCAUCGAACGGUCUGUCCCUUCAUUUGGCGGGCGUGCAAAUGGCGACCGCUAUUGACAAACUGAAGCUGGACAAAGCUGAACACUACAUCGUGGGCAACGCGGCCUCCGUGCUGUACUACUCGACCGGUACCUCCAGAGACUGGACCAGGGCUGUGGGCAUCCCUCUGACCUACACAAUGGAGCUCCCCGGUUACGAAUACUUAUUCGUCGUCCCCCCAGAAUACAUAAAGCAGAUCGUCACAGAGUCCUGGGCGGGCAUCGCUGAGGGCGCACGUUAUGUGCUGUCCAUUUACAAUUAA